CUCCAGUGGUCCAAAACCCGGCCCUGCAUGGGAUCACCCCUGGGCUUGUGAAAACUGGGAGCGCUGGGUGGGCCCCACAUGGUUUGAGUCAGUAGUUCUGGAGUGAGGCUGAAGAUUUUGCAUUUAUAAGAACUACCAGUCUAGGCUGAUGCUCCAGGUCUGGAGCUACACUUUGAGAACCACUGCCCUAUGCAACAGUGCCUCUUAUGAAUAAGUUUUAGGCCCUUAGGGAAACCUACAACUCACCAUAGACCACCUUCCAUCGCAGGGAUCUAUAUGAUGUAUUUUCUUCCCCGUAACAACAUUAGAGAGUUGCUUUCCUGACUGUCUGCCUGAUGUCCAACCCUCAGAGGGAGUGAGCCCCAGACACUACAUUCAGUCAUCUCUGAGUGCACCUCAUGUGUACCGUGUGACCUCCGCUUUCUAAAGCAUGCAUGCAUCUGUCAAGCAAAAGGUCAAGGAACCGUUCAAAGAUGAAUUUGCUCACUUAAGUGAUGACCAGGAGAGGGAUCAGUCAGGGCUGGGGAAGGGACUGGGAAGCUUGCAGAAAACUGCCAGAGGCUUCCAGAAAGGGAAUGUGCAGGGCUGGGGCUAGAGAGUUGGAUGAUGGGGGCAGGCAGGACAGGGUCUUUAGCACAUGAGCAUACUGAGAGGGGAGUGACGGGGCAGUCACACUCAGACAGGGAGCUACCUGCCAUCACUGCUAUAAUCGGAGGGGCCUUGGUGUGGAGGGGAGCAGAGACCUGGCACAAGGAGCUGAGGGAAUCGAGAGCUUCUGGAAGGCCUCCCCAUUUUAUUGACCCAGUGAGUCCAUGUGGUUUCUCUGUCACACUCUAGCUGGCUUGAGCAAAGGGAGAGCAUCCUCACUCAUGUUGCACAUAUUACUGCAUUUACUAAGUCAUUUAACAAUGACAUUCAUAGAUGAGGGUAUUUCUGGUGUUCAAAUAAUCACAGCUGCCACUUAUUAAGUGCCUGUUACAUGCCAAGCACUUUACAUCAUCUUAAUCCUCCCAGCAACUCCGAUAAGGUGGCACUGAGAUUGUCCCCAUUGUACAGAUGAGGAAACUGAGGCUAAGAGAGAUUAAACAGCUUGGCUAAAGUCCCAGUCGCUAGGAAAUGGCAGGGCUAUUGUCUUUCCAUCUCAAAACUGCUGCUUUCCACUCUACCAUCCUCCCCUCAUUUCCUGAACACCUGCUCUGUGCAAGGCCCUGUGUGCAACCACAAAAUGAAUCAUUCAAGUAGUCAUGUAUUCAAUAACCCUUUUUUGAGCACUUACUAUUUUUAUGGGCUUAUUUAUUUAUAGCAUGCCUUAUUUCAGAAAGCACUUAACUUCUUUAUUUGAUAUACAAGAAUAAAAUUUUACAGGAGUGGUCAUGUGACAAGCAUCAAAUGAAAAACAGAAGUUGGAAAGGUCAGAAGAACCCAGGAAUGACAGGUAUACAAGUGCGGACCUUGAGGUCCUAUGUGCCAUGGGGACAGGCCACAAAUUGCCCUCUGACCUUUCUCGCAGCUGAAACUUGAUCCCACGCAAUUCAGUGUCCAUAAGACACUGGCACAACAUUGCUGAGGCAAAUCAAAACUCUAUUAGGCCCUGAGACCCGAGAGGUAUUUUUUUAGAGAGUUGGCAUGAAGAGAACACUGUUAAACGUAAGGAAUAAUGUCCCCAAACAGCCUCCCAAUUGCACGUACGGCACAAGUCUCUGGGGCCGUUUCCUGUACCGCCGCCCCCCCUCCUCCCCCCGACUCCUACUCUGUGCUGGCCCAAGUUCCAUAGCAGGAAAACAGCUCAGAAAAGAGAGAGCCGAGACAAGGCCAGGCAAGCACACCGCCCUCUAGCUUCAUCCACGUGUGGGGUUUGCAGCAAACAUUGGUAAUAAAUGCUCAGUUCAGGUCCCAGAUUCGGGGCCUCAUCCUUUGACUCGGAACCAGGAAGGAAUUAGGAGCGAGUCCUCCUGCCCAGAGAGCUAAUUACUGAAAUUCAGUGGCCUCACCAGGUGUCAGGGGAAGCUGAUGGAGAAUCGAGCUCUGGAUCCAGGGACUCGGGACUCCUAUGGUGCCACCAGCCACCUCCCCAACAAGGGGGCCCUGGCAAAGGUCAAGAACAACUUCAAAGACUUGAUGUCCAAACUGACGGAGGGCCAGUAUGUGCUGUGCCGGUGGACAGAUGGCCUGUACUACCUCGGGAAGAUCAAGAGGGUCAGCAGCUCUAAGCAAAGCUGCCUCGUGACUUUCGAAGAUAAUUCCAAAUACUGGGUCCUAUGGAAGGACAUACAGCAUGCUGGCGUUCCAGGAGAGGAGCCCAAGUGCAACAUCUGCCUAGGGAAGACAUCAGGGCCGCUGAAUGAGAUCCUCAUCUGCGGGAAGUGUGGCCUGGGUUACCACCAGCAGUGCCACAUCCCCAUAGCGGGCAGUGCUGACCAGCCCCUGCUUACACCUUGGUUCUGCCGACGCUGCAUCUUCGCACUGGCUGUGCGGAAAGGCGGCGCGCUGAAGAAGGGCGCCAUCGCCAGGACGCUGCAGGCCGUGAAGAUGGUGCUGUCCUACCAGCCCGAGGAGCUCGAGUGGGACUCGCCCCACCGCACCAACCAGCAGCAAUGCUACUGCUACUGCGGCGGGCCCGGAGAAUGGUACCUGCGGAUGCUGCAAUGUUACCGGUGCAGACAGUGGUUCCACGAGGCCUGCACCCAGUGCCUCAAUGAGCCCAUGAUGUUUGGAGACCGGUUUUACCUGUUCUUCUGCUCCGUAUGUAACCAGGGCCCAGAGUACAUCGAGAGGCUGCCUCUGCGAUGGGUGGAUGUGGUUCACCUGGCCCUCUAUAAUCUGGGGGUACAGAGCAAGAAGAAGUACUUUGACUUUGAGGAGAUUCUGGCCUUUGUCAACCACCACUGGGAGCUCCUGCAGCUUGGCAAGCUCACCAGCACCCCAGUGACAGAUCGAGGACCGCAUCUCCUCAACGCUCUGAACAGUUACAAAAGCCGGUUCCUCUGCGGCAAGGAGAUCAAGAAGAAGAAGUGUAUCUUCCGCCUGCGCAUCCGUGUCCCACCCAACCCGCCAGGGAAGCUGCUGCCUGACAAGGGACUGCUGCCAAAUGAGAACAGCGCCUCCUCUGAGCUGCGUAAGAGAGGAAAGAGCAAGCCUGGUUUGUUGCCUCACGAAUUCCAGCAGCAGAAAAGGCGAGUUUAUAGAAGAAAAAGAUCAAAGUUUUUGCUGGAAGAUGCUAUUCCCAGUAGUGACUUCACCUCAGCCUGGAGCACCAACCACCACCUGGCUAGCAUAUUUGACUUCACGCUGGAUGAAAUUCAAAGUUUAAAAAGUGCCAGUUCAGGCCAGACCUUCUUCUCAGAUGUCGACUCCACCGACGCUGCCAGCACCUCUGGCUCUGCCUCCACCAGCCUCUCCUAUGACUCCAGAUGGACAGUGGGCAGCCGAAAGAGGAAGCUGGCAGCCAAGGCAUACAUGCCCCUGCGGGCAAAGCGGUGGGCAGCUGAGCUGGAUGGACGCUGCCCCUCGGACAGCAGUGCAGAAGGGGCUUCGGUCCCUGAGCGGCCAGACGAAGGCAUUGACAGCCACACAUUUGAGAGCAUCAGUGAAGAUGACUCAUCCCUGUCCCACCUCAAGUCAUCUAUCACCAACUACUUUGGUGCAGCUGGGCGGUUGGCCUGUGGGGAGAAGUACCAGGUGUUGGCUCGGAGGGUCACACCUGAGGGCAAGGUUCAGUACCUGGUGGAGUGGGAAGGGACCACCCCUUACUGACUAGCCCCCGGGGGUGCCAGGGGUCCUGAAAACCAAAGGAGGAGCAGCAGAAGCCAUAGGCUCCCCAGCUUUCUCCAGGCUGGGGUGGGAGAAGGAAGCAGGACAGAGCUGCAAGUGCCUGGCAGAAGGCCCUGCCUGCCUGCCUGCCAGGCCAAGGCCUGCGUCUCUCUGCUGUAUCAGCUCUGUUCCAGGGCCUCCUCAGGCUCGUUACCCCUGUGCCUGUGUCUCUACACACUCCACACCCUCUCAAACUCUGUUUAUCUGUUCCUCUGACCUUGUGUCCCCUGCUCUGGGACCGUUCCUCCUGAGGCCCAGGUCUUUGUCCCCAGUUGUGUGCCUUGACCUCUCUCGCCCCUUUUUGGGUGUGUUCACACAUUCUGUGUGUGCACAGCUGUCCCUCCACUGGAUCCCCUUCACACCUGACCCGUGGGGCAGCCAGUCCUCCCAGGGACUACAUAAUAUGCACCUUUGAGAGAGCAUGGGAGAAGGUGGAUAAGGGAGAGGAUGCUGCUCAGUGCUUUUCUCUUCCACUUUCUUGCCACUCCCCACUGCCCUCGGAGAGAGGUGGUGGGGUGGGAGAAAGCCCCUGUGAAAGCCUGCGAGGAUCUGAAGCGUGAAGGGCUGGGUCUGCCUCAGAAUGCACCAGCACCAGGGCCCAGGUAUUAAGGCUGAGAGUGAAGGCUGCCAGUGUCAGCUUUGGAGGUCCCAGAAGUCUUCUGUUCCCUGGCCACACCCCCUCAGUCGCCAUAGUGCUGGGCCUGGCCUUGCUGGAAUGGAGGUAUCCUUCCAAACCUGGGGGAUGGGGGUGCGGGGUGGUAGUGGUGGGAGGAAAACCAUGUCGUGCUAAACCUGCCUGUUUCUGGUGCCUCCCACCCCCAGACCCACCAGACACCACACAGCAGACGAUACACACCCACUCCCACAAGCUGCCAUCCACAUGUGUUGUACUUUCAGCUCCAGGCACACAGACAACCCCACGGCCACACCACCACAUGCCCGAGUGUGCACACACACACAGCCACACAGUCCCUCUGGGCCUGCUGGCUCCUCCCUUGGCUUUCCCUUGGCCCACUUCCAGGGCCCAGGUGCUGCAACUAAAUGUGAAAGCUCAGCGCCUGCUCCUUCUUUCAGCCCAUCAACCAGCUUUGGUCCCAUAGGGAAGCACAGGGGACUCACCCUCUUUCAUAUCCCUUGCCUUGCCCUGAAAUGGACAAUCACUUUUUGGGAUAGGAUGAAAUUUUUAAAGGGCCUGCAUCAUUCAGUUCCCUCAAAGGGAAGCCCUUGCCAGUGGGGGUGAAAGAGAAUUUUUGGAACCAACAUUCAAAUUCUGCCUCAUCUGGAGGGAAACCAAAAUUGGGAGGGGGAAGAGGACCCCUCAUGUUUUGCUGCUUCCAGAGAUAUUAGAAACUGACUCACUUGAUUGGAAAAUGGACAAAAGUGCCUUGACGUGGAGGGUGGGCACCAGAUGGGGACCAGCCUUGCCAACUGUUGCUGUGGCCUCCAGCUUGGCUGGUUUUGCGGGCCGCCAGCAGGAAGGCGAAGGUGGUAGUACAGCAAGAGGCACUGGCGGGGCAGCAGGCCUGCAGGAGCUGUUUUUCCAUUGCUAGGCCUGACCCCUCUCUACCUGUGAGCGUUCAGGGGGUCCCUGAGAUAGUUUAGAUGCCCCCCCACCACAUCUUAGACCUCAGCUCCCACAGUGCCUUUUAAGGGGGACCUCACCUCCUGUGCACAGCCCACCACUUUCCUCUGCUUCCCUGGCACAGCCUAGGCAUAGACGAGCUGGCGUUGGAUCCAGUUCUUCUCCCUUCUCAGCCCCACAGCUGCUGCCACAGGGGCCAACUGGGGCCAGGUGGAAGGGGAGCUGAGAAUCCAACCCCUAGCCCAGGGUUGCUGUGAGACCUGGGAUCCAAUUUGUAGCUUCCUGCCUGGCUUCAGAGAGCCCAGCAACCUCCUAGGCCUGCUUUCCAGACUUCUGAGAUAUAGCCUGGGAUGAGCAAUUCUGUUACAGUACAUCUGGACCUUCCCUACCUGGGCUCUGGGGAGGCUCUGGGCUUGGAGAGGGAAAAGGAGGGAGGGGGUGUCCGCACCACCUGGGAAGACAGCACAAGGCCUAACGAGGUCACCCUGACUCCCCACCCCAGCAUUUCAUUCAUACCAGAUAAUAGCUGCAUUACUGCCAACUGACCUUAUAACCCUCUGCACCUUCAAAAAGAUUCAUGUUUUUUAAUUGCUGCUUUUAAUAACAUUUGUUAAAGUUAUAA